UUUCAGUUGUCAAAUAAACUGACAGAAACUAGCCAUGAAACUCAAUUUUCGCACCUUUUUACUAUUUUUCACUGUAUUUUUGAAAUGUAGCUUGACUCAAUUGGUAUCUCAACAAGAGGUACUGGGAGUUCAAGGGCAGGGAAGGUUUCCCUAUAUUUGUGGAUCUGAUCCAUUUCGAUUUUAUUCGGAAUUUCCAUGCAACAUGUACCCAGUGUGUAUAAAUGGUGGAUUCAAGAUCAAUGUUGGAUGUAAUUCCGAUUAUCAGUGUACUCCAUACAGUGCAAGCGCAGUUUGCGUUAAUAAUUGUUGCUGCACAGUUCCACGCAUCGUUGGCCCUGAUAUCACUACAACCAGAAGAUUUUUUGAUAAUUCUAUGAACUAUGUUUUGAAUCCAUUCUAUUUUGUUACAGUUUUUAUUUUCUUUCUAUUAUUUUAAUUGAAUGAUUUAUCAAAAUGUCUAACAAAUGAACGGGUUUAUUUUGAAA